UCCGGAAAAUUAGUAUACACGAGUUGGUGAGAAUUACCUUUAAUCUAGUCCCGCUACAAAACACUCUCACCAACACUUGGCGACGUCUAGCCGUUACACAAUUAACACAGAAAAAACAUAACACUACGCGACACUAAUGGUUACCGCGGCAGUCUCGCGGGACGCGGGUCGAUGCUCGCUGGAGACGGCCAGCGCCGAACAUUAACGGGUGCAGGGGGGGCUCUAUGAGCGGGCUCCUAAAUUCGGCGAAACACUUACGUGAGUGAUACGGUCUGAAGCGCGGUAUCACGAUGAAGACGGUCGGGAUAGGCCCGGUUCCGUAAAAUACGCGCCGAGUCGACGUGGGCAGCUUAUGAAUUAAUAAUAGGUUAAAAUUUAAAUAUUUAGUGCAGAAUAAAAUGAUAACAGAAAGAAAACUUGGAUGCUGCCCACGGACACACGUCUGUUCCCGGCGCGGAGUGGUUCGAGACUGCAGGACAUGGCCGCCUCGCAAGGAAGUGAAACUUUCUCUUCUUUGUGAGUCGGCGUCAAAAAACUUAUAUUAACUUAAUUUGCUCUAUUAUAAGCUAAAAACACGUUCCAGGUGCUCAAUUAAAAGGUAGCACCUGGUAAUUGUGUGCUUAAGGUUUAACAACUGUUUUAUAGUAGUAAUUAAUUAUUUGAAUUGUGGCAUCAAGUUGGCGACUGUAAAUUUAUCAACAUAUUGUCUCACUGUGAGCCGUUUUAGUUGGAUUUCUUCUAAUCUGACACGAUCAUAGUCACGGGCAUUUUAAUUAAGGCCAGUGGCCGCGGUGACUGUUAAUGAGGUUUGUUGUCUAUUGAGGUCACGCCCGGGGCGCUCGCCUGACUCAAUCCGGCUGGGCAAGGGGCGCGCUCCGAAAACGGGAUACGGUACUGGCGGUGCGGAGCACGGGCUUAAAGGCCAUGGUCGGUACGACGUCAAUUUAUUGUCAUAUUCAUCUACUGAAAAAAAAGUGAAGUGUUAGGUUGUGUUUUAAUUUUUGUCUUCAACAAUUUAGUGCUGUUUUUAUUUUAUCAAAAUCUCAAGAUGAUUAUAGCUUACUUUUUUGCAUCAGAAUAUAUUCACUAAAUCAAACUAGGUAAUGUUAAAAUGAGCUUAUUAGAACAUAUUUUAUUCAGGUGACAUCUACCAGAUAAUAAAAUUUGAAAACAAAUUACUACUAAAGAAAAUGUUCUAACCUUACUGAAGGGAUUUUUGAAUAAUUCUCCAUGUGUUGCUUAACCUCAUGGACAAGUACUUAGGGGCCCGAUUUUGGCUGCCUAAAUUAAGCUACGCCUAAGAUCGGUAGGAGUUACUUAACCUGAAACGAUUCUAUGUGCUGGUAAGCCCUUACAUAAGCAUUAAACAACCCUUAAAAGUUAGGCAAAACCGGCCUUAAUUCUUAUAAGCUCGUGUAUGAACUACAAUUAUCGCAAAUACAAAAUCCAGUAUUUUAUGGCUAAACAGAUACGUUCCAAGGCCAAAUUAACUUGCAAGAAGUGAAGUGCUUUUUUUUCUUCUAUGGAACGUGAUUUAUUGACAAAUGAUUUUUUCAAGAAAAUUAACGACAUUUUUGUUGUGGUGAUUUUAUGAUUUGCUUUGUACGUUUUGGAGAAGAUGUACGUUUAAAGAAGAAAAGUUGUUAUAUAAACACUGCUAUCUCCUGUCUUGCUGAUGUGUCAUGGCUGGAGGAAAUGACACAGUGGGUGGUGAGUGUUUGUUUUAAACCGAACCGUCACUGGUUCAUUCAGCAGGAAUAUUGAAGACAAUGGAACUUCAUCCAAAUUGGAAUGCACUUGCGACAGUUGAUUUUAGGUGGAAGAGAUUUAUUAAAGAAGGAUGUAAUGAAAAUCGUGGAAAUGCGUGUGAAGCAAGUGGCACAGUGCCUGUUGAUCAGCUGACGGGACAGGAAGCAAGAGCUACAUACGAAGAAGUGAUAAAAGAACCUGUCAAUAACGUUCGUGUCCGAAAGCACUUUGAGUAUCCGGCGAGCAUUAUCAAAGAAAACAACAGGCUUCCUUUUAGGCAUGCCGACAGACAGCUUUGGAAAACUCGUGUGAUGAAAUUCGCGGAAUUAAACGACGUCAAAGGUCUUCAGGCGAUGCUAGCAGAUUUUAACGAUGUAAACUUCACCGACAGUUUUGGUUGGACUCCGCUGAUGUGUGCCGCAUGUGCGGGUUCUGUUGAUACUGUUCAGUUUCUGAUUGAGUCAGGAGCUGAUGUCAAAGUGAAAGAUAAAUGUGGCAACACUUGUUUGUCCCUCGCAAAGAAAAAAAAUCAUACCUCUGUUGUAGAAGCCAUAGUAUCAAAGACACCAAAAAGAACUAAGGUGGUGAAAGACUGUAAAGAAAUUGAACUUAAUGAAGAAUUUUACUGUGAAUUGUGUAAACAGACAUUUCACGAAACGUCAAGGCAAAAACAUUCUUCAUCCACAGUCCAUUUAUUAAAUAGCCAACCGCCCCUGGCUUCGAAAACUGUCUACGGUAUACCUGAAAGCAAUAGAGGGUACCAGAUAUUGCUGAAAGGUGGAUGGGACAGAGAAAGAGGGCUAGGUCCAAAUGGUACAGGCCACAAGUACCCCUUGAAAACGGUUCUAAAGCAAGACAGGGAGGGUUUAGGGGCUAGAGUAGUUCGACCGAAAGUAACACAUUUUCAGCCGAGAGAUACUGCUGCUGUAAGAGUCGAAAGCCAGAAGAAAGUUAAGAAACGACAUCGAGAAACAGACUUCCGCAGGGAACAGCACAAAGAACGACAGUUCAGAAGGGAGUUCUAUUCAUCUCUUUGAAAUAUCUUUGUUUGGGCAAAGAUUUCAAAAUGCUAAAAUUAUUAGACGGACCUGGGCCUUCUGGGGGACGUGCAGCAGAACCUGAAGUACCUGUCGGAGGUGGAGGCCCUGGCCGAAGAGAUCCUGGUUGACCGCAGCGAGAUCGUGUCCCUGGACCGCCG